CCUCCAGGCUUCUUAUCCUUACCUGCUGCCCGCCAAACCGCAAGCGCAAGCGCAACGCUGCCGAUCCUGUUUGACCCUCGUCGAUCUCGAUCGAUCUUGACCUACAUCCCCCAUCCCCCGCUCUGCUGGCGCGCUUGAUCCCGUCUUCGUCCUCAUCCUCGUCGUCGCCAUGAAGCCUUUCGCUGCUGUCCUGGCUUUCGUGCUGGCCCUGUCGCUCUCGGUCUGGGCCGGAUCCUGUCCGCUGGCCGAGAAGUGUCCCUACUAUGCCGAAUACCACAAAGAUGCGGCCCCGUCCGCUGGAGAUCAUCCAUGCCCUGCCCGCGACUGCCCUUACUACAAGCAGCACAAGGGCGAUCAUGACGAGGCCGACUAUCUGAUGGACAAGUCCGGUGGAUGUCCUCUGGCCAGCAAAUGCUCCUUCUACAAGGACAUCAAGGAUGGCAAGGCCCAAAAGGUCGACUGGACCAAGACCCGAUGCCCUAUCCACGACAAGUGCCCUUACUACCAGAAGAGCAAGGACCAUGCCGCUGCGCUCACCGAGGGCUGCCCCAUCGCCAAGAACUGCCCGCACUUCAAGUCUGGCCAGCACAUCAAGGAGCACCAUGAGGUCGGCCACGACCACGCCGCCAACUGCCCUUACCUCAAGAAGCAGCAGCAGCACCACGGCCACCACUGCCCGCUCGAGGGCAAGUGCCCUUACUACGAGAGCCACCAUGAGCACAAGGCUGGAUCCAAGGGAUGCCCUGCCGCCGAUUGCCCAUACUACCAGAAGCACCACGACGACCACAGCGACGACGAGAUUGCUGAGGGAGGCUGUCCGCUCGCCGAGAAGUGCAAGUUCUACAAGGACGUCAAGACCGGAAAGGCUGACAGCGUCAACUGGGACGCAUCAGACUGUCCUUUGAAAGAGUCAUGCCCCUACUACAAGGAAGCCAAGGCCCAUCACGAGAAGCUGGCCAACUGCCCUGUCUUGGCUGCCCGUAAGGCGGCCGCUGCCGGCGAUGGCGCAAAGGACGACGCCAAGGCGGGCAAGUGCCCGUAUGCCUCUGGUGCCAAGGAAGCCCCUGCCGGCGCCAAAUGCCCCUACGCCAGCAAGAAAAACGCCGAUGCCGAUGCCGAGGCCGAUGCCACCAACAAGGACAAGACGACGGCUGAGGGCCACUCGGAGCUGUAACGAGCGGGGCGAUGCUGCGCUGCUGCUAUUCUCAAGCCACCACCAAUAUAGCCCCGCUAAGCGUGCUUGCCAUCCA